AGAGACCGUUCUUUUCUUUUUUUUCUUUUAUUUAUUUAUUUAUUAUUAUUUUUUAAAGGUCAAUACAAAAUAGGAAAGUUACCUUCCUAGUCCAAGUAGGACUAUAUAUUGUGAGUACCUAAAGUCAUUGAAAGAGUUUGAAGCCAAAAUCAAGAAAACCAAGAAGAAAAAGUAAGAGGCAAUGGAUUCGAGAGACAGACGGAAAACGAUGGAGGAUACCACAAGCUGCUACCAACCAGAAACUCCGCCGCCGCCGCUGCCGCUGCCGCCGCAGAUGUGUGCGAAAGGCGGUUGUGGCUUCUUCGGAUCAUCGGCGCUUCGCAACCUUUGUUCCAAGUGCUACGAAGAUUACCUCAUACAACAGCUGGCUAUGUUGUCCUCGUCAAAAGUAAAGCCUGUGUCUUCUACGAAUUACCAACUAGCUGCUUUUUGUCCUUUUCGUGUUCACGAGGGUACUACGGUCAAGAACUCUUCUGAUAAGUCGACUGCGAAGAAGAACCGGUGUCAGUGCUGUAAGAAACGGGUCGGAGUGACCGGAUUCGGGUGUCGAUGUGGAGGCAUGUUCUGUGGUGUGCAUCGGUACCCGGAAACUCAUUCGUGCACGUUCGACUACAAGUACGCCGGUCGUCUUGCUUUGGCAAGACAGAAUCCACUCUGUGUGGGUGAUAAGUUGGAGAAUAGGAUAUGAACAUACAAUGAGUUGUAUAAGUGUGUGUGUCUCUGUGUUUUUUCUUCCCUUUCUUGUAAUUUGUUUUGCUGGGAAUAAUAACAUUGUAAUUUUUCUAUUUUUUGAAAGCUUUUUCUCUUUUUUAUUUUUUUUUCUAUUUUUUAUUUAUUUAUUUUUAAUAAUUUUAGUAAUCAAAAUUUUAUUGUUAUUUGUGCUUUAAAUUCUAGUCUCUAAUCUUUAUAUCAGUAAAAACCUAUAUCAGUACCUUUUGCCUCUCUUUGAAGCCUUUGAACUAACCCAAAAAAAAAAAAAUGGCUAGCCCUAAACUAAACAAGCCCACGGUCGCAUAAGUUGUCAUAUUGGGCCGCUAAAUUUUUGGCUUGUUUUGAUUCUCUUUGUAACAUGUUUGACUUAACCCUAAUUUUUUUUUAUCCAUUACUUAAGCCCAAUUAAAUGGGUCUCUGUAAUUAUUACUACUUUACAUUAGUACUAUUUGUUUGAAUUUU